GGGGGGUCCAUUUAGCCACCGGCCGAUAAAGUGGUAAGCGCAGUCGACCAGGACGACCACCGACCUCAUUCGGCAGAGCGACCUGCCUCGGUCCACCUCUCACUCUGAAGACAAUUUGCUGCCGAACGCACGAAUCUGAAUCAUUCUGAGCCUACUUCUCUGUAUAUCUUGAGCUUCAGCGACGACGUUCGACAACGGUCGGCGCCCAAGGAGACUGAGCUGCCGCCCACUGAGGCCUGAAUCGUGAGAUCGCUCUGAGUCACUCUGGUGCCGAGGACAAGUUGCGCGCGAUGUUAUUCUAGGCUGUCCUGCACUUAGGUCCGAACACCGACCGGAUUGAUUAGUACUAUCCGGAGGGUAGUGCAGGUCUCGGUGACGAGUUCACAAAGCCAAGACGUUCAGGGCGGAUCGCACAUCGUCUUUUCCAAGACAUCUUGGCGAGCAAGGAGCAAGAGGUGAGACAUGGAUGUCGAAGCUUUCCGCAAGGCCGGCUACCAGGCGAUCGACAGGAUCUGCGACUUUUACUACUCGCUCCAGGAGCGACCGGUGGUUCCGCCCGUCCAGCCAGGAUAUCUCCUCAAGCAACUUCCAGACGCACCUCCGGAGGAAGGCGAAGACUGGAACGUCAUCGCAGAUGACUAUCAGAAGCUCAUCCUUCCAGGCCUGACGUUCUGGCAACACCCGAACUUCUACGCGUACUUUCCGACAGCAUGCACCUUCGAAGGUAUGCUCGGCGACCUGUACUCGACGAGUACGCCUAACCCGGGCUUUAACUGGACAAGCAGCCCAGCAUGCACGGAAUUGGAAAUGGCCAUGAUGGACUGGUGCGCCCGGCUCUUCGGGCUCGCCGACCACUUCCUCAACAGCUCUGGCACUGGCGGCGGAGUGAUCCAGACAACCUCAUCCGACUCCGCGCUCGUCGUGACCGUCGCCGCACGCUCGCAGUACACGCGCAGGCACCCCGACGCGAAGCUCGAGGACCUCCUCCUGUACGUCACGACCCAGACGCACUCGCUCGGCGUCAAGGCGAGCCUCGUCCUCGGGCUCCAGUGCCGCGUCCUGGACGUCAAGCCUGAGGACGAGUACGCGCUCCGGGGCGAGACGCUCCGCGCCGCGCUCGAGGAGGACGUUGCGCGCAGGAAGCGUCCGUUCUUUUUGAUUGGUACGGUCGGGACGACCUCCUCAGGCGCGAUUGAUCGUCUCGACGAGAUCGGUGAAGUCCUGAAGGACUACCCUGACGUCUGGCUGCACGUCGACGCCGCCUGGGCGGGUGUAACUCUCGCGUGCCCCGAGUAUCGCGACGUCUCGCGGCUCAAGGACAUCAACACCUAUGCGACGUCCGUGGGGACGAACCUUCACAAGUGGGGCCUCGUCAAUUUCGACGCAGCUCUGCUUUGGGUCAGGAGCCGCACGGACCUUACGGACGCGCUAGACGUGACGCCCGAGUUCCUGCGCACCAAGCAGAGCGAAGCAGGCGCGGUUAUUGACUACCGCAACUGGCACCUCGGGCUCGGGCGACGCUUCCGCUCGCUCAAGGUCUGGUUCGUCCUCCGGAGCUACGGCGUGAAGGGCUUCCAGGCCUACAUCCGACGGUGCAUCGAACUGAACGAGUACUUCGCCUCCCUCGUCAAAACCUCCCCCUCCUUCGCGCUCGUCACCCAACCGUCCUUCGCCCUGACGGUCUUCCGCGUCGUCGCGGACCCCACCGCGCUCGGGCUCCCCGCCCCGCUCGGCCCCGACGCGCUGAACGACCUGAACCGCGCGUUCUACGCGCGGGUCAGCGCGCGCGGCGAGAUAUUCUUGACGCAGACACAGCUGAACGGUACGUUCUGCGUGCGCCUCGCGGUGGGCGCGGAGCGCACGCGGAAGGAGCAUAUUGAUCGCGCGUGGGCGUUGAUACAGGAGGAGGCGGGGAUUGCGGUGACACUGCGUGAAACUUUCGAUCCUUCGAACGAAAGAUUGAGAAAGAGGUAUUAAUCUUCCCACGAUAUUUCGACCAAUAAGAUUGAGAAAUCUGGUUUAAAACAAUAACAUGAACCUCUGGGAAGUGAUUGUUGAGAAUGGAUACAAGACAGAUUGUGGACUCAAAUGUCUUCAAUCCCUCUAUAAUAGUCUGUUGCAAGUGAUUGAGUUGAUGGAAUAAGAUACUGCCCCAAUACAACACACUCCCAUUAUUCUAGAAGGAUAACAGACAAAUCUGGAUAUUGCUGUCUUUGACAUUUAUGUAACAACUUGCUGUGGAUUGUGAACAUGAGAUUAGAGACAAUUCAAGCUGCUGGGUCUUUAAAAUUUCUUGGACAAGCCUAGAAGAAUUGUGGAUGAGCUGUGGCAAAACAACCAUGCCAGUGAGAGCAGAUACUCAUAGGCAUAAGUCAUGGCCUUU